AUGGUUGUUCACAGCGCCACCACCACCGCUCCCCUCAGCAACACCACCGGUCAGGCGGCCAACAGCGACACCGAGUCGGACGGCCAGGCACGCGGCGGGCGUCGCGCCCUGGCGAACACCAAGGACGGCAAUCAGCAGCAGCAGCAGCAAGGCUCGAUCCUGCCUUCUCUGCCGUCAUCUUCCACGCUUACGCAACCUGCGGGCCAGCUGCUCAAGGGCGCGCACGACAAGGAGGGCAACCAGAAAGAGGCGUCGUUUCUCAUCGGCAUCAAGCUUGACAUAGAGGCCGAGGUUCACCUCACUGCGAGGGUGAGAGGUGACAUCAGCAUUGGCCUAUACUAG